GAGGCAGGCAGAGGAAAGUGGUUUGUCAGGGAUUUCUGUGCCCGGCCCCGGCCACAGCCGUCCGCUCCGGUCCGCUGCGUUACUGGGGAAGCGCCGGGGCCGCUACCGGGAGGAAUCUUUGGAGGGAUUAUUGACAUCUCCUGAAGAGCUGCUAUGUCUUCUUCCUCAGAACAGAACAACAAUAGUCAUGAAAUCAAAACCCCAAAUCUUCGAACUUCAGAGAAGAAAUGUUCAUGGGCCUCGUACAUGACCAACUCCCCGACUCUCAUCGUUAUGAUUGGCUUGCCAGCCAGGGGCAAGACCUAUGUGUCCAAGAAACUCACACGCUACCUUAACUGGAUUGGGGUACCCACCAAAGUGUUCAAUCUUGGAGUGUAUCGGCGUGAAGCAGUCAAGUCCUAUAAGUCCUAUGACUUCUUCCGGCAUGACAAUGAGGAAGCCAUGAAGAUCCGCAAACAGUGUGCUCUGGUGGCGCUGGAAGAUGUUAAGGCGUAUCUCACUGAGGAGAGUGGGCAGAUUGCAGUGUUUGAUGCCACCAACACCACCCGGGAGAGGAGGGACAUGAUUUUGAACUUUGCCAAGGAUAAUUCCUUUAAGGUAUUCUUUGUGGAAUCUGUCUGUGAUGAUCCUGAUGUCAUUGCUGCCAACAUCCUGGAGGUAAAGGUGUCGAGCCCCGACUACCCUGAAAGGAAUAGGGAGAAUGUGAUGGAGGACUUCCUGAAGAGAAUCGAAUGCUACAAAGUCACCUAUCAGCCCCUCGACCCAGACAAUUAUGACAAGGAUCUUUCUUUCAUCAAAGUGAUAAAUGUGGGUCAGCGAUUUUUAGUGAACAGAGUCCAAGACUAUAUCCAGAGCAAGAUAGUCUACUACCUCAUGAAUAUCCAUGUCCAGCCCCGCACCAUUUACCUUUGUCGGCACGGAGAGAGCGAGUUCAAUAUCUUGGGGAAGAUUGGAGGUGACUCUGGACUCUCAGUGCGGGGAAAGCAGUUUGCUCAAGCUCUAAGGAAGUUUCUGGAGGAACAAGAGAUAGUGGACCUCAAAGUGUGGACGAGCCAGUUGAAGAGGACUAUCCAGACUGCCGAAUCCCUGGGGGUGACUUAUGAACAGUGGAAGAUUCUGAAUGAGAUUGAUGCUGGUGUGUGCGAGGAGAUGACUUACGCAGAGAUUGAGAAGCAGUACCCAGAAGAGUUUGCCCUUCGAGAUCAAGAGAAAUAUCUGUAUCGGUAUCCUGGUGGGGAGUCAUACCAGGACCUGGUACAGCGGCUGGAGCCUGUCAUCAUGGAGCUGGAACGCCAGGGCAAUGUCCUCGUCAUCUCCCACCAGGCUGUCAUGCGCUGCCUUCUGGCCUACUUCUUGGAUAAGAGCGCAGAUGAGCUACCAUACUUGAGGUGCCCUCUCCAUACCAUCUUCAAACUUACUCCUGUGGCCUAUGGUUGCAAAGUAGAAACAAUUAAACUCAAUGUGGAGGCUGUGAACACUCAUCGUGACAAGCCAACCAACAACUUCCCCAAGAACCAAACCCCUGUAAGGAUGAGAAGGAACAGCUUUACGCCUCUGUCCAGUUCGGAUACAAUAAGGCGUCCAAGAAAUUACAGUGUUGGGAGCCGGCCCCUCAAGCCCCUCAGCCCUCUCCGUGCCCUGGAUAUGCAAGAAGGGGCUGACCAGCCGAAGACCCAAGUCAGCAUUCCGGUGGUGUAACUGUGUGUUUCCUUCCAACCCUGGCCUCCUGCCCUUGUCACUAAUCACCAAAGAAUCAUUUAACUUCCAAUCUACCUGCCCCCACCCCACCCCACCCCACCCCGCCAUUAAUCUUAACACAGAACAUGAGGCCGCCAUGUUUCCAGACCAGCUUUAGCUAUUCUCCCUUUGAAACAUCUUCCCACCUGGGGGCAAGUGGGUCUUUUAGGACAGGUCUGCAGAUGGGGGGUGGUUUGGAGGAUGAGAAGGGACACACUCCCCUGGGGUGAUUGGUACAGCUGGGCUGAGGCUAAGCAUGCCCCAUACACUUACCCUUGAUUCUUCUUUCUGUUCCCUGGUGUUGAAUCACUAAUGUCCUUGUGUGGGUGAAAAUGGAGGUGGGGCAGAGGGGGCACAUACCAGCCCAUUGUUCCUUUGCCUUUGUCUUUUUAAUGUGUGUUUUACCUUACUUGUCAGUAAUGUAUGUUUUAUCUUACUUACCAGUCCUUACUUGCCUACUUUCUUCUCCCUCUUUCAUCUUCCCUUUAGAUUGUCCAGUGAAAUGCAUGGCAUUGUGGUGUCUGUCUGGGAAGGAAGGGGAGGUUGGCGAGAAAGAAGACUAGGCUCCGUUAUUGCUCCCUGCAGUGGGCCUAAAUGGGUCUGGACUCAGGGAGAGUCUUCCCUUUCUCUCUCCUUUCUUCUCAAGCUAGGUCCUACAAGAGCUGGCCCAGGCUACAGAACAUUCAGAAAAUGCUCUGGGGGCAUGGAAGUAGACAUAGCCUGAGAGUUCUUACCUCCUUCAUGAGAAACAAUCCUAAGUCUUCCUUGUCCCGGGAGAAGUUGUCUCUGAGUAUGUGGAAAAUGUCUUGAGUUGUUUUCUUAAAACCUGAAGAGCCUUUUGGCUGCAGUGGAACGUGGUUUAGGAGGGUAAGCUGGUCUCUAGCUCUUGCAAGGUUCUUGUCAGGCAGUUAGAUUUCUUCUCCAGUGGCUUCCAGACUCUUUGCCAACCACAGCCAUUUCCUGCCAAAGCCAGUGACCUCUGUGCUGUUUAGAAGGACAGAGCUAGAUUCAGGAGUCACCACGGACAUUUCAGUUGCUCCAGGCAAAAGGCAAAGAAGAGUUCACUAAAGCUGCUUAUUAUUUUCUAGUAAUUUUCAGCAUACUCUCCUUCUUAAGUCAAAAUAUAAAAUAAAUUUGCAGGCACAAUUUUUUCCCCAAAUAUGGAAAAACCCGGUGAUGAAUUUGAUCUCUCUUAUUGGGAGAAAUACCCCACAGCAGUCCAAGAUUUCCUCCUUUGGACCCUGCGGGGUCUGGCUCUUGACUGUUUAUAUUUAUUUCCCUCUCUUUUGGCCCUUAUCUAUUCACUAUGUUAUUUUACUUUCUCUGUGGGAUUAAAUAGGAAAUGUUAAUAGCAGGAAUUCUUAACCCCUGGGUGGUCUUAUAAUUACUCAGCCUACCCUCCCCACCCCCAUUUUGAAUGCAAAAUGUACAUUUUUCUGGAGAGCAAGUCUAGAGUUCUUAUGAGAUUUUAUGAGAGGGGUGAUUCCCCACUAUACAGUUAUGAGCUGGCUAGUCUUUUAGGGGUAACCAGUGAGAACAAGUUAGCUAUUUGCUAGGGUGUUUUCUUUCUUUGUUUUGGUAACAGAACACGUUUUGUUGUGGUUCUCAUCUAAGAGCGUUUAUUAGAAUCCUCUAUAGCAUUUUUGAAACCUACACAUGCCUGGGUCCACUUAGGCUUACUGACUCAGACUCGUUGGGAGUCGGAUCUGGAGAUGUAUGCCUUUAAAUAACUUCUCCGAUGAUUAUGAAUCAUACUCCAGGUUAAGAACAUCAUUUUAUGAAGUUGUGUUGAAAAUAUUGAUCAUAGGUACUUGGACAGAGCUGUCUCUAGGAAUUCUGACUUCCUCCUGGUUCUGAAAGGACAGUUCUCUGGAGCUAGACUGAGCAAAUCAUGGUAUUGAAUGAAAUAACUCCUUAGAAGGCAGGUUCCUGUAUUUUAGAGAGUCAUUCUAGGUUCUAGGUCCAUCUUUAAUCCUUCAUGUUGCAGUGUGUUAUGGAACAAAUCAUUAAAUUAAAUAAAUGCCCUUGGAUAAUAGCUGGGAAUUUAAGCACCCUGGAGAGGGUUAUUGGGGUAAAAACCGUAGGAUGAUAAAGGUUGUCAGUUCAGGCAAACAAUCCCUGACCUUGUGUUCUUUAUUCUUACAUCCUUAGUAGAAUACCACAGACCAUUUGCAAAGUCAGAUUGAGUAGAUUCUUCUCCAAAUUGUAUCCAAGACUUAAAGAAACUGGAUAUUAUUGCUUAGCCAUUACACAAUGCGUAGUUAGUAUCUUUUUUGUAGGGUUUUGGGCUGGGGUGGGAGUUGUGGUGGGGGAAAUGAUACAAAGAAGUAGAAGAAAACACCCUUGCCUUGAAGGAGGUUAUUUUAGAGGCAGGGCUUAUAAUCUAUAACAAAUGAAUAUUUGCAAAAGGGUAACACACUGAGGCUGUAAGUGUUGACUCUGGGUUGGAGAACAGAUUUAUUCUCCUGACUUUUCUCUUGUCCUUUGGCUGUGCGACUAAAGGAGCGAGAGAUGGGAAUGGCCCCUGACCAUGUGAGAAUGAGAAGUGGUAUAGGAGGUAUAGAUGGCACUUUCAUUUAAGGUCACUUCAUGUAGCUUUGCUUGGCUGGUGGCAUCUUUGUCACAAAUAGGCAUUCAGUCCUGUCUCUUGAUAUGAGGUGAGGAUUAUUCAAAGAGCUAAUUGAAGAGAAGAGGGAGCACUUUGCUCCAAGGAUUUUGGAUGUGAGCUGUAUCUUCUCAGCGAGAGAGGAAUUCUCGUAUGAAAUAGCAUUGUGCUGCCCUGCUAUAAACUCCAGUUUUAGAGACAGGCCACUGGAAUGUCGAUUCUGUUUCAGCAUGCUGAUUAUUUCUUCACUCUCCACACUUCCCCAGUGCUAGUCCCCCCAAAGAGGAGCCUUAAGUAGUCUUAUCCUCGGAGAGGACUUGACAAAUUGGAACUUGACAAGAAUUUCAAUACCGUUCAGUUUUUAGAGUGAGAUCCCUCUAGAGAAGAUUCAGCAGGAAGAAGCCAGGAGGAUAUAGCAUGGAAUAGAGCCCUUACCAGAAAUUCCAGAAAAGUCUUAUCUCCCAUCUUUUCUUUACUGUCCUCCUUGCCUUUUCUUCUUGAACCAAUUGGUAAUAUAUACAUAUUACUAUGAUUGUGUCUACAUCACUUCCCAUACAAAGAAAGGAUGGACUCCAGAACACCCUUUGCUGAAGCUGUAAGUUUUGUUUUGAGAAAAAUAGGUGAAGACUCUGGCAUUUAAUUCACUGGUAUAAAAUGGAGAAAGGGUAUAUUAUUUUCCUUUUUUCCUUGCUUCAAAGCUGAAUGAGGAAUUUUGUGACAGACUUGAAAGAGAAAUCUAAAGCAGAUUUAGAGAAUGCACUUCUGUUCCUAUCUCCUAAACCCCAAAUUGUAAUUUAUCUCUAAUUUUACUGUACUGUCUUUGGUUUUGUUUUGUUUUUACGAUAAGUUAGAAAGCAGUGUAAGAAAGUCUUUUAAGAACAUGCAUUUUGUGAGGGUUCUGCACUGUAGUAUUGUAUUUUUUUUUCUGUUUCUGUUUUUUUUUUUUUAUCUGUUUUUGGCAAGAAGUUAGAGUUAGAGAUUCAAUAUAGUUGUAUCCCUAGUCAGAACGAUUGAGUUUUUCAUUGGAGGUUCUGGGUAUCCCUCUUUGUACCCACAUGUGAUCUGUAAAAGCACUGGCAUUUUUAAGAAUCAUAUGAUAUAGGUGUUUGGAAAUAAAUCUGUCUUGUGGUUUUCCUGUGAACAGGAGAUCUAAGUUCCAGAGAAACACAUCGAUGCUCCUUGUAGCCAAGGGACAAGGGGAAAAGUGUCCAAUAAUUGAGAGAACUAUAUCUGAGUUAUGAUGUCUUAAUCCACAUUCCAUGGUCUUUACCAUGCUCAGAAGCCAAGUUGUGUGUUGUCAGGAAAUUUGAUAAAUUUUACCCAACUCUUCCAGUAUGCAUUUUGACUUGUUUUUAUUUUUAAAUAUUAUUUUUAAAAUACAUAACAACUGAGCCAGGUUGCAACAUUGGCAGGGUAGAUCUCUGACUUCCCUUAGAGGUGACACAGACAUCAGAAAUAUGUCUAGGAAUUUAAUUUAGACUCAUCAUGUCUAGAAGACUGUCUCUAGUGGUGCCUGCAUGCUGACUGACUCUGCUAGGGUCCAUAUGCUGAUUGAUUACAGGUUCUAGUAGCAUCUGUGUGCUGACAGUCUGCCUGUUUUCCAGUUGUACCGAUUGGUAAUAUGUGCACAUUAUUGUAAUUCUGUCUGUAGCAUGUGUCCUACAAAGACAGAAACUAAACACACCACGUUUUUUUUAAAGGAGGAAAUAAUGUACACUAAGAUUUUUAAAUAGGCAUUUCUUUCAGAGUAAUGGCCAAAUUCUCAUCAUUUUGUAAAAGGAGAAAGUUGUACAUCGCUUAUAUGGUAGUUUGUAAACUCAGCUAAGGCAAUGCCUGUUCAAAACCUGGAAUUGUUCCCUGUUCUUGAAAUCCUCUCAUACAAUCCCCUGCUUCAUGGCAGGACUUCACAUUCACUAUCUGUUUUCAAACUUGCCAUGUCCUCAACUUUCCCUGUUAUAGAAUGUUAUGUUCCAUUAAAUAAUUCUGCUGUUUUUAGUCUGCCAUGCAUUUGGCUUUUAUCCCUAAUCUAAUAAAUAAAAAUGCAAAGGCAAUUUUGCAUUAAAAAUUGAUUUUAAGAGGCAACAAAAGUAUACCUUUCACCGGAGAUCUGUGACAAAUAUUUACCUCUUCAAUAUUUUUGUUUCUGAAUUCCUUGUGUACUUUUUUUUAUUGUGUCAAAGUAACAAGAUCAAGUUAUUCUGAUAUAGUGAUGGUUUUGCUGUGGCAAAAGCAAAGGACUGAUCACAAGCUGUGCUGUUGGGAGGGGAGUGGGAGUGGGGCUGAGCUCUACUUGAUUGAAUGAGAAUGAGCUGGGUUGGGAAGCCAAGGAAGAGAGUUCUGCAGAUUUCCUAGGCACAGCUCUGUUGAAAGAAGGGACCUAAGUUGAGUCUUUAACAGCAUUCUAAUUUAAUGUGGUAACAUUCACACAAUAUGCCACUCAGAUCCACAUAAAGUGUCUGUAACUGUAUUUGAAAUGUGUUUUUUUUUUUUGUGUGUGUGUGUAUGGAAUGGGUAAAUAAAAUUGUUAAGUAAUUUGAACCUA